AUGGGUUGCAGAUGCAGGCCAUUGGCGUUCUUAAUAAGCUUGCCAUUCGCUUUGAUUGCCUCAGUUUUGUCUAUCAUCGGCUCCAUCUUCUAUGUUUUUGGGAUAAUAUUGAGUUGCAUAUGCCCUUGCUGCAUCUGUUGUGUUCUGCUUGCAAAUCUUGCUGUAAUCCUUGUGAAGCUUCCUGUAGAUGUUGUCUUAUGUAAGAAGUUGUUCAUAUACGAUUUCUACUGA